AUGGACGGAGGGAGUAGUACAUUAUCUCGUGCCUUGAAUUUGCAUUCCCUACUUCCAAAAUUGGAAUGGUUAAUCAAAAACAUAAAAUAUAAUAAUGACUACUGUCAUGAGGCAGCUGAGCUUCUGAAGGUUGCUUUGUCUGAGGCUGAACAUGUGGUGGAUAAAUAUGAAGUUUACUCUUUGCAAAGCCAGUUGCUUUCCAGAUCAAAAACAUCAAAGGUGCUUAAUUUCUUCUCUGGCUCAAACCAUUUUGUCCUUCGAGUUAGGAUGGUUUUUGAAAUUGAAAAACUCGUCAAGAAAUGUAGUAUGCCGUGCAGCAUUGUAAAGCUCAUGAAUCUUGGUAAGAAAAUAGGUCGCUUUCCUAGAUCUUACGGAGAAAGGGGGCUUACGCACACACGUACGUGUGUGCAUUACUCUGAUGUUGUGGGAAGGGACAAUGAUAGACAUAUUGUUGUUGAAAUGCUUUUAAGAUCAGAAAAUGAAGCAACUCUUUUUGUAUUUCCCAUUGUUGGAGUUGGCGGCGUUGGAAAAACUACUCUUGCCAAAUUGGUGUAUAAUGAUCCAAGGAUAGUUAGUCAUUUUCAGCUGUGUCUGUGGGUUCGUGUGUCUCGUGUGUUUAAAGUGGAGAAACUAUUAGAACAAAUUGUGAAUUCUGUUAGAGAAGAUAUAUGUGAGAAUCUUGAUAUGAAUGAACUGCAGAAACUCGUUCGUGAGACUUUGUAUGGAAAGAAUUAUUUGACUGUUUUAGAUGAUGUGUGGAAUGAAGAUCCAGUUAAGUGGGAUGAACUGAAGAAGUCAUUAAUUGCGGGUGAUUGUGGUAGUAAGAUUCUUGUAACAACACGGUUUGAUGAAGUAGCUUCAAUGAUGGGGACGGUUCCUCCAUACUGUUUGAAGGGUUUAUUAAGUGAAGAUUGUCUGACUUUGUUCUUGAGAAAGGCAUUUGAACAAGGUCAAGAAGUGCAACAUCCAAAUCUCGUUGGGAUUGCGAUCUUCAUUGCACAUGAAACUGAUGAAUCGGAGUGGGAUGAUGUUAAUGAUAAUUAUAUGUGGAACUCAAAUCAGAAUGACAAAAUUCUACCUGCACUAAGAGUGAGCUAUGAGCGAUUACCAUCUGCUCUCAAAGUUUGUCUUGCUUACUGCUCAAUAUUUCCCAAGGACUGUGUGAUAGAAAUAGAUAAAUUGAUACAGUUGUGGCUAGCAGAGGGACUCAUCAGUCAGUCUGAUGGAUUAGAAGAUCUUGAACACAUAGGGAUUCAAUAUUUCCAAGAGUUAUUAUCGAGAUCCUUUUUUCAAGACGUUGAAGAAUAUCGUUCUGUUUUCACCUCUAUCUGUAAAUUGCAUGACCUUGUACAUGAUCUUGCACCAUCAGCAGCAGGGAUUGAAUUCUGUACAGUAAAUUCUCACAUACAAAACAUUUCUGAUGAGGUCAGAUGUGUGGCGUUUUCUGACUAUGAUUUGUUAGGCAAGGAACUGCCAACAUCCCUUGUCAGUAACCGGGCAUUAAGGACCAUAUCCUUCUCCGUUGAUGGAGUAGGGCCGAUGAGUACAAUGUUCGUUGAGAAUUGCAUAGCAAGAUUCAUGCAACUUAGGGUGCUAGAUAUCAGUGUUUCAUGUUUUAAUGAGUUGCCUAGCUCUGUUGGCGAACUGAAGUAUUUAAGAUAUCUUGAUGUAAGUGCCAAAGGCAACAUUAAAGAAUUACCUGAUUCAAUUAACAACUGCAACGAUCUAGUAUCUUCUUCUGAAGGUCUGCAACAUUUGACUAGCCUUCGCACUUUGGCAAUUAUUGGUUGCCCAAGACUGACCUUUUUCCCAAGUGCUAUGAAGCAUCUUACUGCCUUAGAGAAUCUGCUGAUUGUUGACUGUGAAGAGCUUACAGUGUUGGAGUGGCAAGAUAUUGAAGGACUUAGGAUGAUCCGGUCAUUGGUUAUCGGAGGCUUACCUGAAUUGGAGUCAAAAGAUGUUCACUGCCUCAGGAACCUUCAGAUGUUGGUGCUUACUGGUUUACCAUAG